AUGAGAAGCGUUAGCCCUCUCUUUGACGAGGUGAUCGAGUGGCUAGUCGGAAGAAAGCUCGCUAGUGUCAUCAAGUUGGCGUCCCGCCAUGCCCUGCGCAGAGUGUUUGACAAGGAGCAGACCAAGGAGAUCAGGUCCAUCGCCAGUGUCGUCAAGAUCAGAACCCACUUGCUCAUAUCCCUCAACCUCUUCUUGGACCUGAUGCUAGGUUGCACUUCAGGAGCAGCGCUGGUGCGGCCCGAGCCCGGCGACCGGGACGGCCAAGAUACCAAGGACCGCCUGAUGCAUUUCCGUACCCUGGAGUGGGGUAUGGAUGCCUUGAGAGACCUUCUUGUCAUUGUGGAGUUUGUCGACAGCAGCAAAGGAGAUACUGACGAGGUGGUUGCAAGAUCAGUCUCGUACGCCGGCUUCGUUGGCUGCCUCACGGGUGUCCGCAAGGACUUGUCGGUGUCUCUCAAUUUCCGACCAACUCAUGAUUGCACUACCGCAUCGUUGAGGAGGCAUCAAUUGUCGGUCCUUCUUGGCCGCCGCGAGGCAGUUCCAUCUAUUCUCCGACGCAUACUCCUGGACCACGACAUCCCUAGCAAUAGCCUCAAGGUUCCCGUCUACAAUGGCCCUCAUAUCAACAACUCUGAACAACGUCCGCUUUCCAUCACAGGCGUAGCAAAGAAGUUCAUUUCGAUGCCGACAUCCCCUUGCUACAUCACACUAUGCAACGGAUUCAAGGUCGUCAGUGUCCUUAAAGACCUUUGCACAGGAAAGGCUAAGACGAGCAGCCUUUUUCAGGUUCAGUGUAACCACGACCCGGACCACGGGACCUGCUGUGGUCCCAAGGCAAACAACAGCCCCCCCGAAGCUACUCAAGCCAUGAUCAUUGGCGAGGACGACUGGCUGGGUGAGUCCGAGGGUCGUAAGCGAGUGCUCGAGGAGAAGUGGCUUCAGCACAUGGCAGCAGUCACCAAAGAGGCUGGGGAAGAACUGAAACCUUGUAUCAACAGCCUCUGUCUUGAUGCGGACACUCGAGCAGACCUUGGUAUAAACAUCAAGGUUCGUGGCGUGGACGAAGCCAUACUUCAGCAAUGGAUUAAUACGUAUCCGACUACCAACGAGUGUACGCACUUUGCCUGCAUCAUGGACCCGGCGUAUGGUACCAUCCGUUGGAUAGCUCGUGGUCGGAAUUGA